ACGGCAGCCAGAAACCUCCGUCCAUAAAUGCUUGUCCCAGCUUCCCCUCCUCCCCGCCCCAAGCCUCGCUCGUGCACCUACCCAGCCACCAGCCACCAUGUCCGCAUCUUCUUCCUUCGCACUUCCCGUCCCCGAAGACUUCCUUCUCCCUCUCAUCCCAUGCCUUCUGUGCGGCGAACCGGCGAUGAGAUCGUCACCAAUGUAGCAAGGAGCGGCGAGUAUGCUGGUCAACGCUCCUACAAGUGCAUCCGCCAUGAUUCACGGCAUUGCCGCCACUUCGAGUUCCAGAGGGCAUACCUGCGGAGGAUGAGUGCGGCCCAGAUCGCUCGUGCUCACCAGCAGGCCUACGGCUACACAGGCGGCCAGGAGCUUGGUGUUCCUGCUUCACAGCACGUCCAGCAGGCCAACUACGCCGUGAACGCACCUGCCCCAACUGGCCAGCCGCCCCGCAGCCUGAGGCAGGGGCUGUGAAUCAAAUCUUCAGGCCGGACACCCCCAUGGUUGCUGCUUCAGGAUCUCAGGCCCUUGGCGUCGUAGCUGUUCUGCUUGCAGCUGCCAACAUCAUGCUCACUGGCCUUGUUAUGCUGUUCGUAGUCCCUAUGUACUUUCGCAAAUACCAGUAUGCUUACACCCAUGUGCCAAAGCAACUAACACCUUGAAGAAAGCAGUUCCAU